AUGUCAGCCUACCCCAAAAGCUACAACCCGUUCGACGAUGAUGCCGAGGAUGAGGGCAGCCAGGCAGGCCGUGAUCUUCCAGGUGGACCCGGCGCGCCCGCAGACCGACAGCAAAGCCUGCGGCAGGAGGUGCUGCGCCGCGCCGAGGCUGCGACCUCUAGCACCAACAGGUCCCUAUCCCUCAUGUACGAGUCGGAGAAGGUCGGGAUCGCCUCCUCCGAGGAACUCAUCCGCCAGCGAGGAGUCUUAGAACGCACAGAGAGAAUGGUGGACAAGAUGGAUCAAGAUCUUAAGACCAGCCAGAAGCACAUCAACAGCAUCAAGAGUGUGUUUGGGGGACUUGUCAAUUACUUCAAACCCAAGCCAGCAGAGACCUCAUCUGAGCAGAAUGGCGCUCCGGCCUCCCAGCCAAACAGGUUGAAGGAAGCCAUAACAACGAGUAAGGAACAGGAGGCAAAGUACCAGGCCAGCCACCCCAACCUUCAAAAGCUGGAUGACUCAGAUACCAUCUGUAGAGGGAAUGAUGCUGCUGUGGCUUCUGACAUGUACCCCAAGAACCCACACCUCCGUGCCUAUCACCAGAAGAUUGACAGCAACCUGGGUGAGCUGUCAGUGGGGCUGGGUCGCUUGAAGGACAUUGCCUUGGGCAUGCAGACUGAGAUCGAGGAGCAGGACAACAUCCUGGACCGGCUUACAACCAAAGUAGACAAGCUGGACAUCAACAUCAAAAGCACGGAGAAGAAAGUCCGACAACUGUGA